UCUGGCUCUCCAUCCCCAUCUCUUCUCUGUGCUCGAGAGCCCAAAAUCACUCGGAAAAAUAAACGCAGAAUGAUAACCAGAUUCUCCGCGGUAGGUUUUGCCGUAUUAUUUUUGCUGUCACAACAAGAAUCCACAUGUUUCAGCACCACACAAACAGCUCCGAAGCUAUCAGAAUUCAGCCUGAAGCUUCACCAAAAGCUCAUCGCUGCAGCGGCUUCGCCUGAAACCAAGAUUACGAAAGGGAAGACGAGAGUGGUGUACCCGGCGGAGUACGGCGGAGAUCCGACGGGAGAAGAGGAGAGCAGCGAAGCGUUCGAGAAGGCUCUGGAAGAGGCAUUUGCGAUGGCGACGGAGGGACGCGAAUUGGUGAGAGGAGUGAGGGAUUUGGGAGGAGUGGUUAUUGAUUUGGAAGGAGGAAGCUACCGAAUCGGCAAACCAAUUUCGUUUCCUUCUUCUGGCGGUGGCAAUCUUGUGGUAAAAAGUGGAAGCUUGAGAGCAGCUGAAACUUUUCCAAGUGACAGGUAUCUGGUCGAGUUAUCCUCAUCAAACUCUUCACAACUUGAUAAUUUAGUGGAAUCCUUGCAUGUCGAUGGCAUCUCUGGCAAGAAAGCUCAAAAUGAUGUGAUUCACUAUGAAGACAUAAGCUUUCGAGACAUCCUUUUCGACUCGAGCUACCGAGGUGGAGGCAUUUCAAUUGCUGAUUCUGCUAGAAUCCGAAUCAAUAGCUGUUUCUUUCUUCACUUCACGACAGAAGGGAUUCUAGUCCAACGAGGCCAUGAAACCUUUAUCUCGAGUUGCUUUCUUGGACAACACUCCACAGUUGGUGGAGACAUAGGUGAGAAAGACUACUCAGGAACCGCCAUUGAUCUUGCUAGUAAUGACAAUGCAAUCACAGAUGUUGUAAUUUUCUCGGCAGCCAUUGGGAUUACACUUAGAGGCCAAGCUAAUAUGAUUACUGGAGUCCAUUGUUAUAACAAAGCGACAUCUUUUGGAGGCAUAGGCAUAUUGGUGAAACUAGCUGGAAAUUCACAAACUAGAAUUGAUAAUUGUUACUUGGAUUAUACAGGCAUAGUCAUGGAAGACCCAGUUCAAGUUCAUGUCACAAAUGGGUUAUUCUUAGGAGAUGCCAAUAUUGUGUUAAAGUCAAUUAAAGGUCAAGUCCUGGGGUUAAAUAUAGUGAAUAAUAUGUUUAGUGGGGAUCCCAAUAAGAAGGUUCCGAUUGUGAAUUUAGAUGGGCAAUUUGGUGAUAUUGAUCAAGUGGUGAUUGAUCAGAACAAUGUGAAUGGAAUGGGGUUGAGAUCAACGAUCGGGAAGUUAACAGUAGGGGGCAAUGGAACCAAAUGGAUUGCUGAUUUUUCGGGUGUGUUGGUAUUUCCUAACCGGAUUAGUUUUUUUCAGUAUUCAUUUUAUGCUCAAGAGCCUAAAUUUGUGGCACAUUGUGUGACCAAUGUGUCAGAUAAUGUGGUGGUUGUAGAGACGAAUGAAGCAGUUAAAGGGUUGGUAUCUUUUAGUGUUGAGCAAUGAAAAGGCAUAAACUUGAUGCAGUAUUUACUAUACAUCAUUGUAAUUAUUACUAAUAUGUUCCUAUUUAUAAG